AUGUCGGCUGCGGGCCUCGAGCGCGUGGGCCUCAAGCAUCGCAUCAACCAGUACCUGGGCUCCAAGGACGGGGGUAUUUUGCAUGCGAAUGCAACAAUUGCUCAACCAACUGGUCGAUCAAAGUCGACUCUCGCAUGCCUUGCGGAGCGGUCUCUCAUGCGGACCCUUGAACGCGAUUGGAGUGUCCGGAUCAGCGUCGAGAUGGAGUGGAUCGGUCAAUCAAAAGCUCUGAGGAUGAGCGCAAUAGUCGUCAGCCUGGAUGGCUCCCAAAGCGCCCAGGACACCACUGAUACAACGGUGCACAGUGUCGACGAAGCGACAGUACUCGGCUAA